AUGAGUAUAGAUGGAUCGCUUAUUGAUAAGAAGUCCCCUCCACCCUACAUUACGUUUCGUAAAGGAGUAUCUAGCCAAGAGAUCGAUUUCUGUCAUGAAUUUAAGUCCUUCCAAGAAAAUAUGCUAUCCAUGCUGGAGACCUGGUUUACUAAGCAAGAUGACAAAUUUACCAAAUUGCUCAAUGAGUUUGCGAGUGUGAAGACAUCCAUUAAAUAUAUUAGCGAUAAAGACGACGAACUUGAAAAAUGUACGCAUGAGGUUAAGAGCCGAGUAGAAAUAAUUGAAAAGAGCGUCCAAACAAAUGAACCACGUAUUGCUUACUUGGAGGCGAAACUUGACUAA